AUGAAUUUCCUAAAGUCAUCCCAGUCCCUGGCCAGGCGAAUAACUUUUUCCUCUUGCCAGUUCAGGCGUUAUUUCUCCAUCUCCCCUGUCAUUGCACAAGGUGAUUUUUCAACUCCCGUUAUUUGGAGACCGUUCCCCGUAAACCUGAUUAAUGUAGAUCACCACGUACCCACUGCGGUAUCUAUUGUAUAAGCCACACACCUUUCAGCUUAGAUUGACUUAAAUGUUAUCUGUUGUUGUAAUUUCCUUAUUUUGGAGUCAUUGAUUAUUAACAAACAUUUUCAGGGAAUCCUCUGUUUUCUGACAUUUCUGUUGCAUGUUGUUUUUGUUUUUGAAUUUUUCGUUGAGUUUAAGUCUAAACUAAAUUGUUUAAAUAAUGUUUCUCCCUUUCAAAACUAGAAAAAGUAUAUAAAAUAGUUUGGAAAUUUACAGGGUAUCAAGUGUGUCUUACAACUACUGUAUCUUACAAAAUCUUAUUAAUAUUAUCACCAUUGAACUAUAAAAUGUACUGGUAUUUGGCGACCUCCUUUUAAGGUUUUCACGAAGAAUUCUAGUGGCAGGAGAAAGGUGUAACUUUACAGGAGAAUAUUAUGAAAGAGGCUCCAUGUCUAAAUAGAAAAUAGUCAUAGGCUUUCGCAUGUUUGCCAGAGAAUUCUGUGUAGUAAACAGAGAAUGUCUUUUAUAAUGCAAAAAUGAAAAUCAGAACCUCUUUCCUGUGUAUUUCAAGGUUCUUCUGGGCUUAAGAAGGUUGUAAUUUUCUGGGGUAUAUGUUACAGGUCAAAAUUAUAUUCAGAUUAAAAUUUUUUGACCUGAGUUGAUUCUCAAUUUUCUUUGUCUCUAGCCCUAUAUUCAUGAAUAAUUAGGGCUAGGAAACAAUGAAAACUGAGAAUCAACCUAGGUUAAAAAAUUGUAACCUAAAUUAAUUUUGACCUCUAACAUAUGUAUGCAUGCAUUUAAACUUUUUUUUUUUUUUUUCUAAAUAAUUUUUUGUUAAUUUUCUUAGUAAAUAUGUCUGGUGUCAGCAAGAUCCAAGCUCGUGAAAUACUUGACAGUCGUGGAAAUCCUACAGUGGAAGUUGAUAUCACAACUUCUAAGGGUGAGUAAGACGUUGCUCAAACCCCUGGAAGGGGGGCGGGUAAUCUCUUGUGUGGCUGUAAUGAGUGUGUUGCUGAACAGGGUAUGGUUUGGGAGAAUCCUAAGUCUUAAACGAGGUAUGCUAUUCAAAGGUGGACAGACGGGAAAUUAUUGUUGCUUGAAAUAUCUUUAAGAGGUUGUCUUUCUGACCAGAUGUUUUGAGCUGGUUGUGAAGGUUUUUCAGCAGUGCAUGGUCUACAUGCAUGGUAACAGUCCAAUAAGGCACCUACCCUCUAUCCAGGGAGGUAGCUGGUUAGUAACAAAAUUGUCUUUAUUGUCUGAACCAAAGGUGAUUUUUUCUCUACAGUUGCCAGUCAGGGGCAGAUCUAGGGGGAGGUGUAGGGGGUGCGCACCCCCCCCCCCCGAAAUGACCUGCAGUUUUCUAAUACAACUGGUUUUCUGCAAAAAAAAAAACUAUGUGGUUUAUUGGUGUUGAAGUAGCGCAAGAGACGAGUGCACUCCUCCUAAAAAAAAUCCUGGAUCUACCCCUGCCAUUGAGUAGGGUUUUGACUGUAUGUCAUUGAUUUUCAGGCCUAUAUCGUGCCGCAGUUCCUUCUGGUGCAUCCACUGGGAUUUAUGAAGCUUUGGAGCUCCGGGACAAGGAUCCAAAACGGUUUCUUGGCAAAGGUGAUAUUCCAUACAGUUUUUAAUUAUUAAACUCAUCAACAAUGAUUAGCAUGCAUGGGGGACUGGGGGCUGCUUGAGAGGCUGUUUCGGCCAAGAAAUACAGCCUAGUGCAGCAUAACCAUGACAUCCCUGUAAGGUGGUUCUGACUUUUGAGUCUGCAGUGGAAAUCCCAUAGUGUGACCAUUCAAAUAAAAGCUAGUGAGCAGUACUUUCCUUUGGUGCUGUUUAUUAUGUUGUACAAAGUGUUUCUAACUUUUAAGUCGUGGAUGAAAUCCUAUGGAAUGACCAUUCAAAUGAAAGCCACUGAGUAGUACUUUCUUGUGGUACUGUUUAUUUUGCUGUAGAAGGUAAUUCUAACUUUUUGUCCUCUAGAUGUGUGAGCACUGUAGCUAAGUACUCUAAUCAUUUAAAACAAAAACUGCCAGGAAGAAUUUACUUCUGGUGUCAGCUGUUUACAAUGCUGGCAAGCAAAAGUGGUUCUGCGGAUCAAACACUAAUAUUCAAACCAUUUUUUACUUGUUGUUUGCAAAUUGUAAUAAAAUAUUUAUUUAAACUUAUAAUGAAAUUUAUUAUUGUUGCAUUGAAGGUGUCUUGAAAGCAGUUGAGAAUGUCAAUAAAGUUAUUGGACCUGCCUUGAUUGAGAAGGUGCAUGUAAACCAUGUUCAUAUUGUACUGUUAUAAUCAAAUAAUUAUUAAUGUGUGGGGAAUAGAACUACUUGAACUCAUGUUGUCAGGCAUGCAUGGAAUGUAAUCCUAUCUGGAGAAUUCUUUCCUGAGGCCUUCUGCAGAGAGUGGUAGAUAAUGCAAUAAGACAUUGUCGAAUUAAUUUGAACCAAAAGUUUAAUUAAACUUAGUAUUUGCCAUGUAAUUUUGGUUGAAAAAUGGGGCAAUUUCCGGACAAAGUUUAAGUCUUGAGAUGAGGCACAUUAUUGAUACUUUUGUUUGGUUUCAGAAUAUUGAUGUAACUAAACAAGCUGAGGUUGACAAAAUCAUGUUGGAACUUGAUGGGACUGAGAAUAAAUGUUAGUUAAUGCCUUGAAUCUUCUCUACAAAGUACACCAUCUACCAUUAAUUUUGUAGUACUAGUAUAUUACGGCACUUUUCAAAAACACACAAAUUCUUAAGUUCAAAAGCCAACUAACAUUUGCAUUUUGCAAUGCCAUCAAUCAUCCUAGCAGACCUCUUAGGACGAAACAGAAGUUUAAAAAGUCAUGGCUUUUGAUUUGUGAUUGAUGGGUUGAGAUCCGUUUUGUGUGUUUCUGUGUUUCAAGGUUCCUUGCUUGUGAUCGAAAUUAUGAUGGACGACAGCGAAAAAUGCAAUAUUACUGUGAAGGUGGCUUUUGAACUUCAGAGUUUGCAUUUUUGAAAAGCGCAGUAGGAUCUACUAAGUAAGUAGUCUCCCUCGCAGCUGUUUUUAGUGUCGUCACGCAAUGCUCCUCUGUGACGACACUAAAAGUGGCUGUGAGGGAGACUAAUAAGUUAGCUGUAAGAUAUGAAUGAGCAGUCUCUCGUCAUUACCUAAUAGCACAAAUUGUAGCUAUAAUGGCUACCGUGGAACAAACCUCUGUUAGUACUGUUAGAUUUUUUACAAUGGUAGAUCUUGGAUGAUUAAUUGAAAAAUAAUAAUUGAGUUCAUGUAGGUGCCAACUACUUGAAUGUGAAGUUUGGUUUAAAUCCCCAUGGUACACUUUACAUUUUGUGAUUUGUUCUACUUGAUGAUGAGUGAAAAAUAAAAGCAUCUGAAAUGUCAUCUACAGCUCUGUUUAUAACAAGCCUGUCAUAAGUAGCUGUCAGUGGGCUCUUUUAUCUGACUACUGCAGUAAAAUCAGCAGGCUGUGAAAAGGAGUCAAACAUAAGAAUAAAAUAUUAUAGGAAGAUUUGUGUUAUAAAUGACUGGCAACUUUAACUUUAACUUUUGAGUCUGAGAGACCAGCUACUUGAAACCUAAAUGAUAGCCUUGUAUUAGUAAUAAUAAUAAUGAUGAUGAUUAUGAUAAUGACAAUAAUAAAUUAUGCAUUAUUAAAGACAUUGACUAUGACUGAUUUGAUAAGAAAUGUACGUUUACACUUAAACAUUAUUUUGUUCUCUGCAUUCUAGCUAAACUUGGUGCCAAUGCAAUCCUUGGUGUCUCCCUUGCUGUUUGCAAAGCAGGAGCUGCUCAUAAGGUGAAAAUAACUUAACUGAUCAUUUCUGCAUAUGCCAACAACUCUGAAAACCAGGGGCUGUCUCUAUUGGGGUACUAUUGACAGCCGGGAGAUGUUGACCCUAUUUUAGUUGACAUAAUAUUGGGAAUUGCAAGUGAAGUUGCGAAUAAAUAAUAUUAUUAGCAUACUGUCUUGUAAAAUUUGAGGGAAAGUGAAGAAAGUCAAUCAGAAUACAUGUAAAAUUAUAAUGUGUGGCAUUUGAAUAAUGUAUUUGCACCCCUUUAAAUUUUUGUAUUAUUAUUAACGAUGAUGAUUAUUAUUAUUGUAAUAAUUUAUUAUUAUAAAAUUGCUGACAAUUAGAGGUUUUAUAAGUUUCAAGGACAAAGGAAAUUGAUGAUGUAAUUUAUAAUCCUAUUUUUAAGGCAAACCCACCAAUUAUGAAUAGUUCCUAUCUCCAUUUUACAAAUGCCUCUGUAAAGUGGAGACUUGUCUCUGUGUGCACAUCGGUGUCUGUACUAAGGAGGUUUACUAAUUAUUUUUUCAGGGAGUUCCGCUUUACAGACACAUUGCAGACCUGGCUGGCAACAAGGAAGUCAUCCUUCCCGUUCCGGCAUUUAAUGUCAUCAAUGGUGGAAGUCACGCAGGAAAUAAACUUGCCAUGCGGGAAUUUAUGCUGCUCCCAACUGGUAAGUGUUGCCAAAUUUUUUUAACUGGUUCAAAGUAGUGUUUAUUAUAUGAUUCCAAAGUAUUGAUGGAAGCAUACAACAGGAACUUAAGAUAAAGCUGUGAAUGAGUUGACCAAGUAUGUUUUUCAUCUUUAUUCAAAAGGUGCAAGUAGUUUCAGCGAGGCAAUGAGGAUGGGUGCAGAAAUCUAUCAGAACCUCAAGAGCGUAGUGAAGAAGAAAUAUGGAAUUGAUGGUAUUUUUUAUAAACUUAUCUUGCUGUUAUUCAGUUCCAUCACUUUUCCUGAGAAAAGGGACUGCAAUACAUGUGUAUGAGGAACAUUAUGAUCAAAUGUGCUGGUUGCCAGCAUAAAAAGGAAUUUCUAAGUUUUAAAAGCAAGUUCACUUAUCCAUUAAUUUUUGGACACUCCUGUACAAAGAGGAACAACCUGAAAUAAUGUCAAUUUAUGAUUUUAGUUGUUUGUGUUGACUGUGAUGUAACAGUUAAAGUCUUUGAUCUCAGUGUUUUUUUUUUUUUUUCACUUUUCAGCUACCAAUGUUUAUGAAGGAGGUUUAUCCAAAAGGUUAGGCUAAAGUCCUAGAUAUCCCAAAUUAGAAACAAUCUUGUUAUCUGACAUUUUUAUGUCCUCUUCAAACAUGGAUUUCAAACACGGAUCAUUAUUAUUUGGAAACUAAUCAUGCAUAAUUAUUUACCCUGCUGAAUUUCUAUAAAUUUACCUUUACAACAUUAUGAGCUUGAGUUUUCCUUGAAGUUACAAAACAAUGCUGAAAACUGCACUUACAACUGGAAAGUGAAUUAAAACGAAAAGGUUAGGUCACAGUAUGGUACAGUGGAACCUUGAUAUGAGAAAGUGCCAAGAGACUGCAAAAUUUGUUCGCUGUAACAAGGUUUCAUUAUAUCGAGGUUGUUUUUCAUAUGUUUUAUAUCUUCUGUUGCUGGGGUGAAGAAAAUUUUUCGUUAUACCAAGGACUUGAAACUUGAACGAACUUCGUUAUAUGGAGGUUCCACUUUACUACCACAUGGGAAAAAAUAUUAUUAAUACUUUUGUAUGGCAUGUAAAUUAACUUUGCAGGACUGGAGUUAUUGAAGAUUGCUAUUGCAAAUGCAGGCUAUACCGAUAAGAUUAAAAUUGGCAUUGAUGUUGCUGCCUCUGGUAUGACUUUAGCUUGUUUUGAUGAUUUGCUUCCUAUUAAUAAUUAUUUUGACAUUAGCUAGUACUAAAUAUGGCUAAAAUGCAAUUCUUCAAGAAUCAUGUUAGAUAUACCAAUGUAUGUUCCUCAGAACUAUUAGCUCUUCUUGCUACCCUACAACUGCGUGAAAAUAAAGUUCAUGUGUGUAUGUAUAUGUUUUCUAUAUGUUUUUGUUAAAUAUAAUUGCGGAAAUGUUGUUUCAAUUUUGUUUAAUAGAAUUCUACAAAGAAGGAAGGUAUGAUCUGGACUUCAAGAAUCCAAACUCAGAUCCUUUAAAAUGGGUAAGAACUUCAUCAAAAUUUGUUUUGCUUGAAACAGGGUCAGAAUUAGCCAAAUCUGGCUUGUGCUGCAGGUUAAAUACAUCAUUGACUCCAAAGAAUUUCUUCAGAAGUAACUUUGACUCCACCUUAGAAUCCAGAAAUUAAUCCUGGAAAUCUGUGUACAUUUUUUUAAUUAUAUUCUGGAAAAACAUAAGCUAGCUGUUUACUGUAUUUAAGAUUCGGUAAAUAUCUCCUGACCUGUAUUUUCUCAGUGUUAAAACAUGUACGCUUAUGUAUGUAGCAUAAGGAAAGGCAUGCUAAUACUUUCGGUAUUUCCAGAUUUCUGGUGUUGAGUUGGCUGCAAUAUAUGAAGGAUUCAUCGCUAAUUAUCCAGGUAAGACUUGUGUUCUUUUAACUUAAAGAAAAAUAUUUUUUUUCAUUCAUUCUUAGCAUGGAGAAGGCCACUGAUGGCAAAAGCGCUUUAGGAACAGCAGUGUUCUUCUGGUGUCACUGCAGAAUUUGCAAGUAAUUUCUGGUCUGAACUUCUUGGAUACCCAAACAUGUUCACAUAAGUAGAAAGACAAAAAAUAAGACUAAUAUGGAUACCAAUAUAUGUGUUUGGUUCUAUCAGGAAGUAUUUACCAGUACCUAAGUUAAUUUACACUCAGCAAAUCAAUAUACAAUGAAUUGCUAUUUUCAUUUGAAAAGAAGUACCACAAAAUACCCCAAGCAUUUUUGCAAGGAUUGUAACUGAAAUGCAGUCAACUCUGUCCAAAAGACACCAUUUUUGAGAUGGACAGUCGAUGGCAGAGGCUGGUCCCUGAGGGCGUCUGUUUUGGAGAGAGAUGACUGUAGCAGGUAAAAUAAAUUUCCCUCUUUGAUUUCCUUUCAGUGGUGUCCAUUGAAGAUGCCUUUCACCAAGAUGACUGGAAGAAUUGGACAGCCCUGACACAGAAGGUGUCCAUCCAGAUCGUUGGGUAAGGGCUUUCUGCCUUGCAACACCCUCCCCUCCUCCCCCUCCACCUCCCUCUCCCCUACCCUACCCCCUUGAGUAUGCAAAAAAGAUGAUUUGUUAAAACCCUGUAAGGAAACAUCCCUUUUAACUGGCUUUCUCUGUAAACCAACUUACAUAAUCAAGGGUUGGGAGGGAGGGGAGAGAAAGAGGUACAUGGGGGAUGGGGUACAAAAUUUGUCAGAGCAUGAGAUUGUCAAGGUAAAAUUAACAUUGCUCUAAAGUCCUGAGUCAGGCAUUAAUUAGGAUUUUUUUAGUUUUGUUUUAGGCACCCUUUAAUUACAGGGUAGAGGUAACUGUUACACUGCAUCUUUUGUGUAAAGAAUAUUUAGUUAAAAGUAGGUAGUGAUUAACAGUGUCUGUGGGCAUGCUUAAUUGGCCCUUCUUCAACCAAAAUACUUGUCAUGGACAUAAAACUUAGUUUUGUCUUUCUUUCCUUCUUCUUUUCAGAGAUGACCUCACUGUUACAAACCCAAAACGGUGAGUUUAAGUUGAGUAACUAUAAAAUAAAAAUCCAAUCGUAUGGUACAAUAAUGGUACAAGGGAAGUUGACGCAUUUUGAGGCAAGCUUCGUGGUGUUCUUUACAACAAUAAAUUGGGCCAUGUUUGAGUUAUUAUCUGUUGCAAGAAUAUAUCCGAGAAUAUUUUCCUUUUUCUUUUCGUAGCAUCAAAAUGGCCGUUGAGAAAAAAGCCUGCAACUGUCUUUUGCUGAAAAUGAAUCAGAUUGGCUCAGUUACAGAAUCCAUUGAAGCGUAAGUGUGAGAUAUGGGUAAUUAUUAAUUCUCAACAGACUGUUGGUAUCAUUGUUUCAUACUUAUUACAUUUAAGGUGCAAGAGUAUUGUGUAUUGCACAAUAAUAUGUAGCGACAUAAGCAGCAGAUACAAGAGCAGAGCAGUUAUAAUAUGUAGCAAAAUUAAGGAACACAGUGAAGAUGUGGAGGUGAAUGACGUGUUGUAAAAGAAAGUCUGGAUGUGUUGAUAAAAUUUCGUGCGUUUAUGUAUUCUGCUCACACGGAACGGCGUACGAAAAGUGAGACGCUUAGCCGAAUAUUAAACGGUCCCGUAUCGAAAUUCGGGACACCUGUGUCCAAAAAAAAAUCUUUCCCCAAAACAACCUUGUAUCUUUUCAGCUGUUAAUGUUUGUUUAUUUGUUUGUUUGUGUUAUCAGAUGUAAACUGGCGCAGAGCAAUGGCUGGGGUGUAAUGGUUAGUCACCGUCGUGGAGAAACAGAAGAUACCACCAUUGCUGAUUUGGUGGUAGGACUGUGCGCUGGUCAGGUACGAUAAGAUUUUGAAAAUUUUUCUUCAACAGAACCAAUGCUUAAGAAAUAUUAGUUUUGUGCUACCUGUAAAUGCUUCAAAUGCGCUUCUCUUCAACAUUUAUCAUUGUUUUUUUUAUUUAUUUAUUCCACCUUCCCAAGGAGUUAUACCCUGCGUCGAAGGCUUCAUUUUCGCGGUGUGAUUUGUAUGAAAAUACCCACCCAUGUUUAUAACGCCUUACUCGGUUCGUAGUUUGUGCUCAAUGGAGUCGCUUCCUUUGUGAUUGGCUGAAAAAUUUCACGCCACUUUGUAGACCAAUCAACAGUAAGAACAAGCGGUGACUUACGAACGUUUCCCGCGCUUGAGCCGACUAUAUGUAGUUGUAUUUAGAUCUGAUUGGUUUAUUCGUUUGUCUGGGCAUAUCGUGAUUGGCCAGGAUUGGCGUGAUGGCCCUCAAAUGAAGACUUUUCACAAUGUCUUUUUUUUGUUCUAGAUCAAAACCGGAGCUCCCUGCAGAUCUGAACGUUUGGCGAAGUACAACCAGCUCCUCAGGUUACUACAUUUACCAAUAAAAAUAUGUUUAAAAUAAUAUUGCCUAAUUACGGUAGGUAUAGUGUUCGAGUUUCUUCAGAGAUAUUGUUCUGAAGAUGGAUAUAAGCUAUUGGGCAGUACUUUGCUGCGCUGCUGUUAAUUUUUCUAUAACAUGUGCGUUAAGCGUGAGAUCAGGAUAGCUAGAUAUUGGCCAAAAUAUUUUUUGCGUUUUUCUGGACGAGACAAAGUUGAGGUCAAUAAAAACGCUAAAAAGAACAGGAACGAGAACUGUUACUCUUAAUGAAAGCAACUAAACGAAACUAGUUACUGCUUGGAAAUAACGUCUAUCAUUCUCUUAAUAGAUCGGAUUUUCCUUAUAAAUUUGUUUUAGCUAAAAUCUUAUUGUACUAUUUUUUGUUCCACAGAAUUGAGGAAGAGCUGGGUGCUAACGCUAAGUUUGCAGGGGAGAAGUUCCGACGCCCGUUGGAGUAGACAGACAAAACUACAAACUACAAACUCAGCUCCUAAAACCUAUCAGUUCAACGAAGUUAACGGGCCCGACAUAUGGCAAGCAUCUUUUGUUGCAACGGUUCUAGGUUUUAUGACUUCCAGGCAUCUGUUGAUUUAAUUCUGUAGAAUGAAAGGGUGUGAAUAAAUCAUGAAUUUAAAGAAAAA